AUUCGCGUUUUUAUCGUUGUUCGAUGAUUUUUAUGCAAUUACUGUGUUUUGUAUUGAAUUUUUUAAAGCGAUAACUAACCGUGUAACUAUUAAACAACUUUGUGCAGAUUAACUAGAUUUAGUGACGUUUGAAUUGUGUGAAAAUGAAUUUUAAUUUAAUCAAAGAUGUUUGUGUAUUAUAAUAAUAUUCUCAGAGUGUUCUGACUUAUAAAUACAGCUUGAAGAUAAGAUAUAUUCGAAGCUAUGGAGUCUUCUUGCACACGCUUCACAGCAGCGGAGGGUGGGGCGAGGCUGGCCGCCAGUGCGAGCGCCAAGAACAUCCUUGUGACUGAGCACACUGCGUUCAUAUCUACUAGUGUACUCAUCGAGCAUGCUUAUAAAAUACGGGGACCCCUAUCGUCAGGCUGGCAGCGCUCGGUGUACGUCACACGGCAUUCUCACAUCGAGUGCGUCUCCCACGAGUUGACAAUCUUGACCGAUCUGGCUGUGGUGAAAGCUUUCAAUUACGACGAUAUCGGCGAUUGGAGGCAGGAGUUGGAGGAUAAACAGGUGCUGGUAUGCACUUCGGAGGUGUUGCAAAGAAUUCUGUGCGAGCAGAUAAUAAAUAUGCAGACCAUCAACGUUUUGGUUAUUGACAGCUGUCAUCUGAUUUUCAAAGAUGAAAAUUUGCAAUACAUAAUGAAACUAUAUAAGCAAUGUGAGGAAGUGAAACCAAGAAUAUUAGCUCUCACUUACCCGUUAUUCACAGCUCCGAGAGACCUCAACGAACAUACAGACAAUAAUACAGAAAAAGUUGAAGACACGAAAAAUAUUAAUGAAGAAAUAGAUAGGGUUAGUGAAGAAAAGGGUACAAUGGAUGAAAAUAAUGAAGAACAAGAAACAAAAGAUGAAAUCGAUGAAGGUAUUGAUGUAAAGGAUGACAGUUGUGAUGAAGAAACAGAUUUGAGUGUACACUCAACAGAAGAGGUGAAAGAUCCUGAAGAUAAGCAAAGAGAUUCAAAUGGUAUUAUUAAAAAGAUAGAUAAUAUUAAACCUGAACUUAGUGAGAAACUAGAAAGCUCUCAUGAUAAUGAUGAUCGUGGCCAUAAGGAAACCGAUUCAGAAGAAGUCAAUAAAAUCAUAGAUGAAGUAUCAGAACAUCAAGAUGUUAAAGAUAGUAAAGAAGAUUCAAAAGAUGAAAAUAUAGAUAGCAGAAAUAUAAAUAUAGAUAACAAAGAUGACUUCCAUCUGUAUGAGAAAUUAGAAUGGAAGAUUGAGCAGUUGGAGAAAGAGUUGUGCUGUGAUAUGGAUUUAGCCGAGGAUAUUGAUGGUGGGAAACGCAUUGCAGCAACGUUGACCAAACCGAAGGAGCUAAUUAUUGAGUACAAUCACAAACCAGAGACAGAUGCUUUACCGGAGGCAUAUAUCGAUUUGGACAACUUCAUGAGUUCUACGGUGAACUCUGCACUAGAUUUUAUCAAUGAGCACAGGUACGAUCCAACAGAGAUUUACGGUGAUGAAUUGUAUGAAGAGUUCGCUAACAUUCCGGACCCCACUGUCGAGCCUAAAGCUAUAUUGGAACAAUUUUUAUAUGUUUUGGACCAGUUAGGUCCGUACGCAGCAGAUAAGGCAGCCUUCUCGCUAUUAAUAAAGCUGGAAAAAUUAAAAAUCAAAGUACCCUAUGAGAGACAUUUCCUUUUACUAUGUCUGUGCACAUCUGUGUUUGUCAAAAUAAGAUGUUACGCCGACAUCUUGUUCUCUAGAUACACCUCGGAUUGGGAGAAAAUUAAGUCAUUAUCCACACCGAAAGUUUUACGAUUAGCGGAGAUAUUAGAACAGUUUGAGCCUCCUGACAUUUUUAAAGAAAUGUUCAUGAAAAAUAUGUUUGAUAGUGCCAGAAAUAAAAACGAUAUUAAUAUAAAUAGACAUGAUAUCUCAGAGAAAGAUGAAAUUAAAAGUGAAAGUGCUCCGGAAAAUAUAACUACAGCUGCCGAUAAAAAUAUAGUUGACUGCAAUCAAAGUAUAGACAAGAAUGUGAUUGCAAAUUCAAAUGACGCUGCCAGCAAAACAAAUAAUGAUAGCGAGCUUCAUGAAGGAAUGAAAAGGUCAAAAACAAGCGAAUUGUUGACAGCUAUAGAGAAAUGUGACUUUUUAACACUAGGAAAUAAAAUCGAGGACAAAGUAAACACCUAUGAGGCUAAUUUGAAAGAUCUGGAUGAAAUUGAUAGUACAUUUGAAACCAGUACUGUUGGUCAAAGAGACAAAAUAGAUAGUGAAAACAAAAGUGGUUUGAAUGAAGACAACAAAACAGAUGUUGACAAAUUCAGUGUUGAUAGUAAAAAUGAUAGUGCUGAAAAUACUAUUGAUAGUAGAGUUAGUGGAAAUAAUAUAGAGAGUGCUAACAUAGACAACAAUAGUGUUCGUAAAGAUAGUGAAAAUAAUAUUAACAGUGUUAAUAAAGUGAACAAUAGUGUUAAUAAAUAUUGUGGAUCUAACAAAGAUAGUGAUAGAAACGCAAGUGAUAGUAACAAAGUGGGGAUGGGUAAACGUCCGGGACAUCGAGUGAGGGGUAGGGGAAGAUUGCCGAGGAGUAACGUGUUGAAGUUGCAGCACUUGCAGCAGAAUCCAGAUGCACUCUGCGGAGUUGUGUUUGUGAAGGAGUCUCUUAUAGCGAACAUCAUGUUCAUGAUUGUCGUGGACAUGGCGCGCAGUCGUCUGUCUCUAUCGCACCUAUGCGCCCAGUAUUGCGCGUCCGAGGGAGAGGGCAGAGAUUGCCAGAAGGAGAGCAAGAAGCAAGAGGAGGUUCUAAAGAAGUUUCGCAUGCACGAAUGCAAUCUGCUCCUGGCGACGUCAGUUCUGGAAGAGGGCAUCGACCUUCCCAGGUGUAACCUCGUGGUGAGAUGGGAUAUACCGUCUUCAUAUCGGUCACAUGGACUAUGCAGAGGCCGCGCCCGGGCCCCCAGGGCUUCGGUCGCUUUACUCGCGGGCGCGGAGGCCCAUAGAGAAGCCCUAGUGCAUAAUCUAGCAGUUUAUAAGGAGCUUGACCAGAUAAUAACUAGGAAAUGCGGAUGCGGUGUACAAAAUGAACCCCCCCAGGAAGAAGAGGCCCAUGCAGACUCGUUAGCUUUUAUUGUUAAGCCGUAUACACCUAAACCUCUUCCACAUAGCGAUAAAUCUAGCAGCCAAAGACAGGAGAACGCACUGAUAUCUGGCGGCGAUAAAAAUGACAAAGGUAUAGAAAUCAGUAAAACGGACAAAAUACAAGCUACAACAACUAUCUACAAUAGUAACAAAAAGACAGAUAGUCCUACAAACGAUGAUAUCGUAGAUGUAGGUGAAAGUAUUGAUGAAAUUAAUAAAGGAAUACUCGAUAAAAUGCAAGGAAUUAAUAUAUCUAAUGAUGGAGGUGAAAUCGAUAAUAUUCUAAGCAACAAAACAACAAACAGUGAUAAAGAAAACAAGGUUAGUGAUGUAAAAAUUGAAGUAAACAACAGUAACGAAAGUAGCAGCAAUUCGUAUAGUAAUAGUAAACCUAAUUUUAUAUCUAAUGAUAAUAAUUUAACUAGUAAUGAAGUAUUAAAUAGAUUGACGAAUAUAACUCGUGAAAUUGUGAAUGCUAAUACAUUAAGCGUACUUGAAAAUGACGUAAUUGUAACUGAAUCAAAUAAACAAGAUAUAACUACCAAAGAUAUUUAUCAUAAACGAAAUGAUGUAAAUAAUGUAUGUAGUUAUAAUAAUAAGAACGAAUUUGAAAUAGAUAAUAAUGAUUAUAGUAUGCAAAAUGUUAAAGAAAAGAAAAUCAUUGAUGAAACUAGCAAUGAUGAUAUUGAAACAAGUGUAAAGAAUUUGAAUAAACAUGAAAAUCUACAGGGUGUGUAUAUAAAUUACAAAGGAAAAGCUGACGAUGUCGAGAUAAAUCAUGAAAAACUAGAUUUAAAAAGUAAUGUUACCAACGAGAAACUAGAAUGUAGAGAAAAUGAAUCUGAAUGCACAAAUGAAGAUAGGAAAUUGAAUAAAACUAACGCAAUAAUGCACGUCGAUGGCGAAAAGGAUAUAGGAGAUUUUGAAAAGGAUCUAAACGAUAAAAAUCUGGAUUUCAGAGAGGUCUUUGAUGUAUUAGACGUAGAAAAGGAUUCGAUCGAUAAAAAUCAGAAUUUAAGUAACGAAAACGUGUUGAGUCAUAAAGAAACUCAUGUGAAAUAUCAAAACGUCAAGUUGCAGUACAAAUUCAGUGAUAGUAAGAAGGGAGAUGUGAAUGCGGCAAGCGUGGAUUUGAAUUCAGCUAUUGCACUUAUUAAUAGGUAUUGCGGUAAACUACCCUCCGACACGUUCACACGCCUAGCGCCACAAUGGUGGAUGGAGCAGGUUCGACUCCCGGACAGGGAUGGGGAGAUGAAGACCGCGUAUAUAUGCACUCUAAGGAUGCCGUUGAACUGCCCCGUCAAAUAUAACAUAGUGGGUCACCCGAUGCCGACCCGUGUGUUGGCCAGGCGAAUGGUCGCCUUGCAAGCGUGCCGAAUCCUGCACAAAUCCGGAGAACUGGACAACCAGUUGAUGCCUAUAGGCAAGGAGAACUUCAAGGCCGCGGAGUUGGAAAACAAUGUGACAUGCAACGAGCCCAGCGAUCCCAGCGACUGCGGCCGGCCCGGCACUACCAAACGGAGGCAGUAUUAUUUUAAACGGACAGCUUGGGCGUUUACGGACUGCCAAGCGAUAAUAGACGCUACCGACUCAGAAAUAGAGGAUAAUCCAACGCCCGAUAUCAACGUCAACGAAGGUACCAAUAAAGGCGGGAACACGCUGUACGCGAUCGCGUCGCGGCUGUGGUGCGCGCUGCCCGAGCGCUACAACACGCGGGGACGCAGGUUGCACGCGCCGCAACACGCGCCGCAAGCCAUCGGCGUGCUCAUGGCGCGCCGCGAGCCCACGCAAUUACAAAUACCCGCGUUCCCCGUGUACACGCGCUCCGGCGAAGUGCGGGUGUCGGUGGAACCGGCGCUGCAGGCAGACGUCAGGCUGUCACCGCGUAGAGCCAGGCUCAUACGCAGGUUCAUGCGCUUCGUGUUCUCGGACGUGCUGCGCGUGCGCAGGCGCGGCAUGAAGCUGCACACGGAGGGCAGUACACACAACAACUACUACGUGGUCCCCACCAUUAGAAAGACAAGAUGGGACGGCACUUAUUGGAUAGAUGUGGACUGGCCCUUCCUCGAGCUGAUAUACAAGCACACAGAACAGAAGAAGUUGGAAAUGGAGAAACCCAUGGUUUGGGAACAGGAUGAAAAGAAGAAGGAAAAGGAAAAGGACGGAUCCCAGGAUGCGAGUGAUAUGGAGAACCCCCUGCUGACUUCCGGGGAAGUUUUCACCUUCGACCCGGAGCGGUACAAGGAGGCGGUGGUCACUCCGUGGUACAGGAACCAAGACCAGCCGCAGUUUUUCCUGGUGGCUGAAAUCUGUUGGAAGCUGUCCCCGGACUCGGCGUUCCCAUCAAGUCAGCACGACAGCUUCCGGUCCUACUAUCGCGCUAAGUACGGCGCUGAGCUGACCCAGAGCUGUCAACCAUUACUGGAUGUAGACCACACCAGCGCAAGGUUGAACCUCCUCACUCCGAGAUACGUGAACCGCAAAGGUGUCGCUCUGCCCGUGUCGUCGGAACGCACGAGACGCGCCAAGCGAGAUAGAUUGGACCAGAAGCAAAUCCUGGUGCCGGAGCUAUGCAGAGUGCACCCGUUCGCGGCGCCGCUAUGGUUCGCCACUGUUGCACUGCCUUGCGUUCUAUACAGAAUAAACGCGUUGCUGAUAGCGGACGAGAUACGGCGUGCGGUCGCGAUUGAAGUUGGUCUCGGCAUCCCACGGAUAGACGACCUCACCUGCUCCGGCUUCCAGUGGCCGCCGCUCGACUUCGGCUGGAGCUUAGCUGAGGUAUUAAACGCCGAUUCGGAGAAGAUUGAGAAGAAGAAAGACGAGGAAGAAUCCAAACAGGACGGGAACGAUGAAGAAGGUAGUGACAAGGAAAUACAGGUUGAGAUCGAAGGAGUGGAAAACGGAGAAGAGAAGGAGAAAACGAUAAAUGACAUACUGCAAGAGAAGUUCGAUGCAGAAAGCGGCUUUGAAAUAGGUACCUGGAGCAACGACAUGGCGUCCUCGAUCCCACAGUCGGAGUAUGACGAGCUUCUGGAACCGUUACCCUCAAACCUGACCUUCUGCACUUCCUCAUCAGGUGGUACAAACUGGUCUGAUCCCGUCGAGAAACCGAAGCUAUUCAAUCCCACCCGGUCGUACUGCGCAUACCGGGCAGACAGCGACUGCUCCUAUGAAUCCAGUGAUUUCGAUACGGACGAUUCGGAUCUGUCGGACUGCAGUGAUGACGACGCGGAUAACACCCUAUUCUGCAGCGGCAGGAACUAUAACACAGCGGUGGGCGUACGUAUCGAAUACAAGACGACGCACGAAGCGGAAGCGGUAGACCUUGAGAGGCGGGUGCCGAUCGCACCAGCGCCGCAGCCGGAUAAACUGGACGACGAACGAGACCUGGCAGAGUUCAAACGCAUAUUGAGGGAGGGGGUGCCGCCUGUGGAGUAUUUAAACAAUUUCCGAAAAUCCGUUGCAAAACACAAAAAGGAAAUUGAAAAUACUCACUUGAUAUCCAAAGACAAACCUAUUGUGGAUCUACUACCAGAACCUUCUAGAGACAUAGAUAGAUUUAUAAACUCUAAUAACAAAAACAAAGCAGCUUAUAAACAUCAAGUAUACCUGAAAGAAAAUGUAACUGUCUGUGCACAACAAAAUGUGGAGACAAAAACUAUAUAUGAAGAUAGAUUAAAAUUUGAAAACAAUAUAGCAGAAACAGCCAAAAUAAAUGCAGCGAAUCAAAAUGAUAGUAAUAAUAAAACCAGUUCAGAAAACACAAGAAAUUAUAAAAAAAAUGAUGUUAAAGAAAAUCUAGAAAUUUCCCAUAAACACAGUUUAAAAUGUGAUGGAAUCAAUGAGAGUUUACAAUGUUUAACUAUAUCCAAUGACGAAUGUAAUAGAAAACUUAGUAUUAGCACAGAAAAAUGUACUCUAAUGAAAGAUACAGAAAUGCUUGAUAAUACAAUAAAAACUUCGAGAAUGCAAGAAAAAUUUAAAGAUAAACCACAGACAAACCCUCUUUAUAAUACAGAUGAUAUAAAAAAUAAGACUCAAGAAAUGUUCCCAUUUAAAAUUGGCGUAGAACUAGAAGAAGGACAAAUAACAUUGGAAUCUAUAGAGAGAAAUAAAAGAUAUCUACUGGCUGAACUGAGAAAGUCAUUGCCGGAUGAGGAAAUAAAAAAAAUGAACUGCUUCUCUAUGAAAGACAUUGAUAUUGAUUCACCUGACUACGUGAACGAGAAGAUUGCCAACGUAGGUUUUGAUUCGAGCGAGAAAUAUCGUGAGAAAGCCAAUUCAUGGUCCAAAGUGAACGAAUAUAAACCUUAUUAUAUGGACGGUAGGGGUCAGAAUGGCAAGGACUUCGAUUUCGAUUAUCAGCCAAAUUUAGAAGGACAUCCUGGACCAAGCCCUAGUGUAAUUUUGCAGGCGUUGACGAUGUCCAACGCGAACGACGGUAUCAACCUCGAGCGCCUGGAGACCAUCGGCGACAGCUUCCUGAAGUUCGCGAUCACCGCGUACCUGUACUGCGCGCACCCCGCCGUACACGAGGGCAAGCUGUCACACAUGCGCAGCAAACAGGUGUCGAACCUGAAUCUUUACCGGCUCGGACGCAACAAGCGGUUGGGUGCACGCAUGAUCGCCUCCAAGUUCGAGCCGCACGAUAACUGGCUGCCGCCCUGCCACAAGCCACCGCCUACCCUCCAACCCAGCCACACCAUUGAAACGAAGGAGCCAGUUCAAAAUCCAGACGCGCCGGUCGACAGCACCGGGUGCUUUAUACCUUACAAUUUGAUAACCCAGCAUAGUAUACCUGAUAAAUCCAUAGCGGAUUGUGUGGAAGCGUUGAUCGGCGCCUAUUUACUCGAAUGCGGUCCCCGGGGGGCGCUACUGUUUAUGUCUUGGCUGGGUAUCAGGGUCCUACCCCAACACCUAAUACCGCUACCCGAAGACCAUCCGUACGUGCUGCGCGCUACCGACAAAGUGGAGGAGAGGGAGACUGUACAGAGGCCGCCUACCGCAAAGCCGGUUGAACCGCUGUCAUCAGACUCGUGCUGCUCUGACGACGAGGAGGCCGACCAAGAGAUGAGCGCUCCCGAACACGACUGGAGCUGGCCAGGGAGGCCCGUUGGUGCCCUGAGGCCUUACCGGGACAAUAACGGCAGGUGGAUGCAGCCCAUAUACGGCGAGCUGAAGGCGCCCCCGUCUCCCCUUCUGAGAUACAUCGAUGACCCCGAAGGGGAAUUGGAACAAAUGUUAUCGGGUUACGAUGCGUUAGAAAGAACGCUGCAGUAUAGAUUUAGAGACCGCUCUCUUCUACUUCAGGCUCUAACGCACGCGUCGCAUCAGAAGAACAGACUCACCGACUGCUAUCAGAGGCUGGAAUUCCUGGGAGAUGCUAUAUUGGAUUACCUCAUCACCCGCCACCUGUACGAGGACCCGCGCCGCCACUCCCCCGGCGCCCUGACCGACCUUCGCUCCGCACUCGUCAACAACACAAUAUUCGCCACCCUGGCCGCCAGGCAUGGAUUCCACAAAUACUUCAGACACAUGUCUCCGGGUCUUAACGAGGUGCUGACGAAAUACGUCAAAAUACAAGAGGAGAAUGGACACUCCAUCAGCGAGGAGCACUACCUGAUCCAAGAAGAUGAGAUGGAGCAAGCGGAAGACGUGGAAGUGCCAAAGGCUCUCGGUGACCUGUUCGAGUCGGUGGCUGGUGCCAUUUUCUUGGACUCCGGAAUGUCUCUAGGCGCAGUGUGGAAGUCGGUCGGCGGUUUGUUGGGCGCUGAGUUGGACGCGUUCAGCGCGGCCGCACCCAAAUCGCCCGUCAGGGAGUUGCUGGAAGCUGAACCCGACACCGCCAAGUUUGGCAAACCGGAGCGUUUGGCGGACGGUCGCCGUGUCCGUGUGUGCGUCGAGGUGUUCGGACGCGGCGCGUUCAAGGGCAUCGGACGCAACUACCGCAUCGCGAAGGGAACUGCCGCACGCUGUGCGUUGCGACACCUGAGGAGCUGCAAGCCGAAGUAGCGGCUAGUAGCGGCUAAUGGUGAUGUGGCGUUGACAACAAUGCCAAGACCGCCAGUGCCCUACAAAUCAGUGAUAUCUGAACUUGGGCAUACCUACGGACUGUAAAAUGGAGGAGCUGUAAGCCCAAGUGGCGGUACGGUGACAACAAUACUGACUUCGCUAAGUGCCCUUCACAUAGUUAUAUCUGGCCCCUGUCAUACCUACGGACUGUUUAAUAUAAGAGCUGUGAGCCCAAUUGGCGGUAAAGUGAUGUGGCGCGGACAACGAUACUGACUCCGCGAGUGCCCUACACAUAAAUGAUAUCUGAACUUGGGCAUUCUGAACUUGGGCAUACCUACGGAAUGUUUAAUAGAAGAGCUGGAAGCCCAAAUAGCAGUAAAGUGACGUGGUGCGGACAACGAUACUGACUCCGCCCGGGCCCUACACACUAAUGAUAUCUGAACUUGGGCAUACCUACGAAAUGUUUAAUAUAAGAGCUGGAAGCCCAAAUAGCAGUAAAGUGACGUGGUGCGGACAACGAUACUGACUCCGCCAGGGCCCUACACACUAAUGAUAUCUGAACUUGGGCAUACCUACGAAAUGUUUAAUAUAAGAGCUGGAAGCCCAAAUAGCAGUAAAGUGACGUUGCGCGGACAACGAUACUGACUCCGCGAGUGCCCUACACAUAAAUGAUAUCUGAACUUGGGCAUACCUACGGAAUGUUUAAUAGAAGAGCUGGAAGCCCAAAUAGCAGUAAAGUGACGUGGUGCGGACAACGAUACUGACUCCGCCAGGGCCCUACACACUAAUGAUAUCUGAACUUGGGCAUACCUACGCACUGUUUAAUAGAAGAGCUGUAAGCCCAAGUGGCAGUAAAGUGAUGUGGCGCGGACAGCUAUGACGACUCCGCCAGUGUUAUAUGUGUAAAUGUGAGAGGGUUAUAGUGACGUGGACGCGUAUCAGUCUCGUAAACGAAGUAUAUGUACUAUAGACGUGGCAGUGUCUGCGCCACGUCAUACAUAACAGCGCGAAGUGUAUGUAACUUAAGUAGUUGCAUUUCCAAGUAGUACACAAUUGAUGUGGCGCGGACAACAAUAGUGACUCCGCCAGGAAACUACACAUUAAUGAUAUCUGAACUUGGGCAUACCUACGGAAUGUUUAAUAGAAGAGCUGUAAGCCCAAGUAGCGGCAAAGUGACGUGGCGCGGACAAAAAUACUUACUAAGCCAGUGCCCUACACAUCAAUGAUAUCGGAACUUGGGCAUACCUACGGAAUGUUUAAUAGAAGAGCUGGAAGCCCAAGUAGCGGCAAAGUGACGUGGCGCGGACAAAAAUACUGACUAAGCCAGUGCCCUACACAGCUAAUCCGGGGAUAACCUCGGACAAUUUUUAUUAUUCAGCUACAAGUUCGGCCUUGACUGCAAUCUCACCUGGUGGGAAGUGAUGAUGAAGUUUAAGAUGUUAGCGGGCUUACCUGUUAGGGAAUACUCUCUAACAGGUUAGCCCAAUUAAGCUUCCUAAAAACCUAAUUGGUUACUACGCGAACACUAAAAUUCGCUUAGCGGGACGUCUUUGUCGGUUGUGUGGUAACUAGCCACGGCACACUGCUACUUAAAUACUCACGCUCACAGUUGCGCAACGGAGGUCAUCAAAAGUAUUACUAAAUGUGUAAAUAUAGGAGGCACGUUUUACUCUCUCCACGUCUCCAUACGUUUUAUAUGCGUUUUGUUUGUACAUUCUCGAUAAUAAAUGUGAAUAUAAAUAAGAUAACGUACCUUAUUCUAUAUUGUAUUGUAACUUAACUGUGCAUGAAAUGUAUAUUGUGACGUAACUCGUACGGAACUUUCACUUUGUACGUCCAUAAUGUGGUUACGAUCGGCUACAUAAAAUUCUAAUUAUCGACAAUUUUGUGACACAAAUGUUCACAACAUGCUAGGCUGUCAACAGAUGCGUCACAAAUUGUCGGAAAUGUGCUAGUAUUAAAAUUUAACUGCGCAUCGAUGUGAUGUUAAUUUGACAGUUCUCAUAACAACUUAUGUCAAAUUGUCAAAUACGUCACAAAUUGUCUUAGAUAAUGUAUUGUGUAUAAAUAAAUAAAAUUAUGUAAAAUCUUACCUGCUUAUUGUAAAAUAGUUAACAAUGUUUUUGGACGGGAUUUUCAUGCUCUUAUACGCGCAAAUUAAAGGGGUUCGAUUAUAUUUAUUUUAGGAGCCUGGUUUAAAGUCCGCCAUUUGUAUUUCCAAAAUGGGGGACUAUGAAAUAAAAUCAAAUGUUAAUCGUCUUGAGUAUGGAGGGUAGAGGUAGUCUUGAGAACGAAAUAUUCUAAUGUCAGAUUUCUAUUUGAAGACUCCUCGGAAUAAUGAAUGUCUGAAAUUUGGAUGUGAAACAUCUGUAGGCGGAGGGUAAGCUGAUUUUUGGCGUGGAGACACAGGCCGUGGUGACGCAUCGCCACGCUAUAUGAUUGCAGUUUUGUAUUUCCUAUGUAACAAUUAAAAUGAUUAUUAAUUUUGUAAUAAAACAGUCUUUAUUAACCGACUUACAAAAAGGAGUGGUUAUCCAUUUGGUUAUAUUUUUUUUUAUUUGUGGAA